AGGUGGCGCUGCGUUUUCGCAUUAGGAAGUGUAACCCCCUCCCGUUUCCCCAGCGCUGUGCUGAGCGCUGGAAAGCAGGACACGGCGAGGAAAUGGCCAGCAAAGUGAUGUGUGGGUAAAUGCUUUUGUUUGGACAUGCAACAGUAAUUUACGGUAAAAUUCCUUUAAUCUGGAACCCAGUUCUCUGGAAACCUCGAUAGCCUGGCAUCAACUCAAAAUGGUCGUGAAUCGGACUUUAAUCCAGUGGCGACUAAUAGUGCAGAGUCUUACGAGAGCAGAGGAGGAAGAUUGAACAACAGGAAAGAGAACAGAGGUUCAGAGGAAAGUCUAAAUAAGGCAGAGAAAGCGGCAACAGGGCAGAGAACCAGCGCACAGCCACCAUCCAGUAUGGAGACCAACUCCAUCCAAGGUCCACCUGUGAAAAGGAAACAUGUCACACUUACUAUUCCACAGAAACUUGAAAUAAUCAGGAGACUAGAAAGCGGUGAAAGCCGCACUUCCAUUAUGGAGCAAUUCAACAUUGGUUCUUCAACCAUCUAUGACAUUAAGAAGAGAAAGGACCAGUUAUGUUCCUUUGUAGCAUCCAGCGAAACAAUGAGAGGCCUUAUGAACCGACAAACCUUGAAGCAACCCAAACUGGCUCAGUUGGAUAAGGUGGUGUACAAGUGGUUUACGGAAAUGCGAUCUCGAGGAAUAUCUGUGACGGGGCCCAUGAUCAUCGAGAAAGCCAAAGCUGUCUAUGCAGAAAUGGAAAUAACUGAGAAGUGCAUAUUUUCUGACGGAUGGUUAAGAAACUUUAAAGAACGCCAUGGCAUAAGGAAGAUGUCUGGCACGGGUGAACUGUGUGCAGAAGAUCCAGAAUCUGCAGAAGGCUAUAAUGAAUUUUUUAGUGCCCUCCUAAAAGAACAAAAAUUGCUACCGACCCAGAUUUAUAACGGGGAAGGCUUUGUAGAAGAGUGGAUGGUCGUCGAUAAGGACACACCUGUUGUUCAAUACAGCGAAGACAACUUUCCAAAUGUUAAAAUUCUUGAAGUGUCAGGCCCAUCUGAUGAAGAAGAGGAGGAGGAGGUGGUUGUGGCAGAACCUAAAAAGAAAUACACCUGGAAUCAAGCUUCAGAAUUCAUCACAAAGUUUGUUGAGUUUGCCGAAACCAGUAGUCAUUACAGUGCAGCAGAAGUCAUGAAUCUUCGGAUCAUCCUGGAUAAUUUUUACCAGAAACAAGCCUCAUUCAUGACAGAGUUACACCACAAGAGCAGAUGCAAAAAGCGGCCCAAGAAAGCACUAAAUUCUACUCCAACUACCUCAAUCAUUGUGAACACUAUUGAUCCCCACUCUCCUGAACGAUCUAUCUCACCCGUGUCCAUAGAAUAUAAAGUGGUGGACGUAUCGGACGAUGCAGUAGAAGAUAUCAAAUUAGAAGACUCAUCGGAUUAGCUGUGCAGCCCAAAUAUUUUAUAGGGUCACCCCUUGUUUACAGUAACUUCUCAAGUUAAUUGGCCCAGGAACCCUGUAACCAAAUCUCACAUACCUACGUUACCUGGACCCUAGAGUAAGUGAAGCUUAGUUGUGGGGUUCCUGGGCCAAAGAGACCUCAGAACUGAAUCUUCAGUUUUGGGCGGCAUUACAAUUUAAGUGUAUAUUAAUUUUUUUUAUUUAAUUUUGUACUAUAGUUUUAGGUUUACUGAGCUUUUUUUUUAUUUGACAAGUUACUGUAAUCUAUCUUUUUUUAAUAAAAAUAAAAUAAUACUAAAGUGAUAGUAGCAUAUUUUGUUUUUGGACUGCACACUAGUCUUUGAGCUACACGUCUUCCGGAGGGAUAUCGGACCCCUAAAGAUAUCCCCUUUAUCAGCUCGGAAAUCCACAGCUACGCGUUUUCAGGACCAACUUCUUUAUGACUCUGGUGAGACCUGGUAAACCGCAACCCCCAGACACUGUACAGUUCCGUAUACCUAUGGAGAUGACAAAGUUCGACGUCCAGAACUAUCUGCAGCGGAUAUACAACGUGCCUGUCGCUGCUGUCCGAACUCGCAUCCAGUAUGGUAACAACCGGAAAAAGAAUCAUCUAAACCAAAGAGUGAAAGUCCCUGACUACAAGGUAGCCUACGUCCAGCUGGGCCAGGGACAAACCUUCCAGUUCCCGGAUCUCUUUCCAGAAAAGGAUACCUCCGUAGAAUCUGGCUCCUUUGAAGAACUGCAAGAUGAAUUUAUGGAGAAUGAAAAGCAGCGCCAGCUGAAAGACCCGCGUAGGGGUGGGCUCAACGACUGGUUUGGACUUUGAUGCUUCUGUUUUCAAAUUCUGUUUACCCAGUUCUUCAAUCCACUCAUCCGAAAAAUGAAUUCUCAAUCUCAUGGCCAGGUCACCAUGUACUUUUAUGUUUCCCAACAUGGACAAACUGACUGUUGUGUGGACAACUGCAGAGGGCGCUAUCACUUGUUUAUUAUUCUUCAUUUUUGUAAGCAGAGUUUAUAGGUAUUGCAUUACCACUAUAAAUAUUGCUUUAGGACCGAACAGACUAUAAAUAAACCAAAUUUAUGACUUGUU